AUGAGCCGUACCGCAUCUGAAAAUUGCCAUCAAGAUGACAUGUCAGAGUUGUGGUCUGAAAGCGAGAACCUCGAAGAAAUACGAAAAUACCGACGUUUAACCCCCGUGGAGACUCAAUACUAUGCCAGAGUGUCAUUAAAUAUUAGCACAGCUCUUCUUAGCUUGAAACAGACGCUUCCUCAACAUGCCACGGGCAGAGAAGACCUCGAGAGGAUUGCACAGGUCAAACAUUUAGCUGCCUUUCUUUACCUUAAUGAACGCCUCGAGAAUGAGCUAGACAUCGACGACCGGGAGAGGCGCGGGGUAUCUGAAGGGUGCAAAAGCCGUCUUAUAUCGUCGAUGAUUGAACUGAUCUCCACACUUCCUGAUAUGGCUACGUUGUUAUGGCCUCUGUUUGUGCUUGGGAACACAGGCCUGGAAAAUGAAGACCAAAGACGUUUUGUACUAGAUCGGCUGGCCAAUAUCCAGAAGACACGGAAUCUCGGGAGUGUGAAGCGGACGAUUGAUGCUGUAAAGCAUGCCUUUGUGACGAAGAGUCUAUUCUCUUCGGGCAACAAGGCAUGGGUUCAUGAAACCUACCGCUACAUCAGCCUUGCUUGA